AUGUCAGAGCUGUCCUCAGAGGAGGAGGCGGCCUUGGCCAAGAUCCAGGCGGCUGCGAAGGGCGCCGAUGUCCGGAUGGCCGCCGCUUCAGGUGAAAGCCAAGCAGGCAAAGAUGGAGAGAUGAGUUCCGAGGAGAAGGAUGCCUUGCUGAAGAUCCAAGCAGCCCAGAGGGGUGUGGAAGCCCGAGUGGCCGAGGACAAGCCUCCCGUGGCUCACAUGAUGAUGCCGAAGAAACGGCAGCAGCGCCGGAAGCUGCGUUCAGCUCGAAUGUAUCGCUUGAUGUACGAUUUCAAGGCGAAGAAGCUGGUGACCCCUUCCUGA